AAGAACUUAAUGGCUUCAUCACCCCCACAACUAGCAUGGCAAGAGAGCUCCCUAAGCCUUCAAGAACUAACCAAAGUGCCUAUUCUUGCCAUCCCAAAUCGCUAUAUUUGUGUUAAUCAAGAACCCACAAUUUCCUCUCCUAACUCCAACCCAUCAAUCCCCACCAUUGAUCUCCAAACUUUACUCAUGGAAGAAACCAAAGAUCUUGGGUUAGAGAAGCUAAACUCAGCUUGCAAAGACUGGGGCAUAUUUCAGCUUGUGAAUCAUGGAGUCAACCCUUCACUGUUGGAAAAACUUAGGAAUGGAAUUGAAGAAUUUUACAGCCUUCCAUUAGAAGAAAAAUUGGUAUACAAACUCAGGCCUGGAGAAGUUGAAGGCUAUGGCCAAACCAUUAUCCACUUUGAAGGUCAAAAAGUUGACUGGGCUGAUAGGUUUUACAUGAUCACCAACCCUAUUUACAGAAGGAAGCCUCAUCUACUUCCUAAGCUCCCUUCAUUACUCAGGGAGGCCCUAGAAGCUUACAUCUUGCAAUUGCAAGAUCUUUCAAGAACACUUCUAGGGUUUAUUGCUCAAACAUUAAAGAUUGGCAAGACAGAAAUGGAAGAUAUGGCAGAGGAUGGGAUGCAAUCCAUGAGGAUGACUUAUUAUCCGCCGUGUCCUAAACCGGAGCUGGUGACCGGAAUUACGCCGCACUCCGAUGCCACCUUGAUCACCAUCCUCCACCAGGUUAACGGCGUUGAUGGGUUGCAGGUCAAAACUGACGAUGGGAAUUGGAUCCCGGUGGAGCUCCACCCUGAUGCCUUUGUUGUCAAUAUUGGAGACAUUCUAGAGAUAUUCAGCAACGGUUUAUAUAAAAGCAUUGAGCAUAGAGUGAUGGUGAAUUUGAUUAAAGAAAGGAUCUCCAUCGCCAUGUUUUUUAACCCAAAGAUGGAGGCUGAGAUUGGACCCUCACCCUGCUUAACAAACCACCAAAACCCACCAGCUUUCAAGAGAAUGAAAAUGGAGGAAUAUGUGAAAGAAUUCUUCUCACGCAAACUAGAUGGCAAGUCCGUUCUUCAUCGAAUGAGGAUAACGUAACUAAGCAAAUUUGUUUAAGGAUUAUUAGCAUCUUGUUUAUAUUAUGUGGUUUGAUGUUUCAAUUUCAAGCUAGAAAUAAUCGAUAUGUGAAUAUGUAUGUCUUCCUGCUGUUCGAAUGCUUUUGCUAGUUCUUGCAUGUGAAGAAAUAUAGGACUGUAUUGUUGGUGAUGGGGAUGAUAUGUAUAUUUUGUAUUGAAGCUUUAUUAUAAAAUGAUAGUCUAUCUUGAACUAAUAAAAUGUA